GUUUAAACAGGUUGAAUUUCACAUAUUUACGUAUUUUUAUUGCAUUUAGUAAUGUCCUCACUAAACAUAGAACUGGCAGUUUGGAACGCCGCCGCAGACCCAACCCACACAAAGGUCACUGCCACAGCGACACACAAAGACGGGAUAGCCUGCGGCCAUUCGGACGGCAAGGUAUGGCUAUACGAAUUUGCGUCUGCCAAGCUCUCAGAGCCGGCGACACCCAUAGAGCUCAAAAUGCAUCCAAAGUGCAUGCUAGUCGCACACCAAAGCCCUAUUGUGCUGCUGAAAUGGCCCACAUCAACUCGCCGUUGGCUAGCGGCACCGAGGGCGCUCUGAUCAGCGUGUCCGAAGACGGCAACGUUGUUCUCUGGGAUAUCAGCGACGGCCGGUGUAUUUCUCGCGUGCGCACGCCUUUGCAGAAUAUCCGCCCUGUGUCGAUCAAUCUGCAGACGGUCGACUACCAAUCAGCAGCAGAGGACCUUUUGUUUGUCACGGGCGAGGGCCACGUAGCGUAUGUGCUCAGCUAUCCGUCGCUGGAGCUGGUGUACGAGUGGCAUCUGCCGCACUCCGAAUGGAUUACCGCACAAAUGGUGCGCAAGCGCAAGGACCACUUCAGGAGCGAGCUGCUUACGUGCACCAGAGACGGAGUUGUGCGCAUAUGGGGCUACGACGAGUUUGUGUUGUCCCAACAGGACGUCUUUAGUCGGGCAGCCAGUCCGACGAUGGCCAGCUUCACUGACAUGGCGGGACUGGGCGCUAGCUUGCCCAGUCAAGGUCGGAAAGCGUUAUUUCGGACGCAGGCACCGAGGUUAUUGGUGCAAGUAGCAGCUCGCACUUCCACUUAGAGUCCACAUUUGCCUCGCUUGGAGAAGAGCAUGCCAUUUUGCAGCUGGUCAUAAACCCGUUCAAUGAGGACGAGUUUUUAGCAGUGUCUCCUUCCAUUGUGCGGCUGUUUGCGUCGCGAAACAACGAGCUGCACGAGCUUCUGAGAUGGAAGACCAGAGGAGCAACAGCGCGGCGUUCAUCGGCGCUGGGUUUUUGGCCGAGUCGGACAUAAUCUUCUGGGACGCUUUAGGAAACAUAUCCAGCGUGUGCUCGCUAUUUACCGUCGAAGGUGGCAGUGCUGGCAUGCACUUGACCCGCAGUCUGCAUGCGGAAAAGACCGGUGAGUCGCCUGUUUUCGUGGCAGCGAGCCUUGACACUGUGACUGCAGGGCCGAGUCUGGGAUUGGAUUGCCACAGGGCGGCCAGGCAGCCCGGUACACGUACUUUCUACUUACACUAGCAAUCGCAACACACACUCGCUGUCGGUGGUGUUUCCUAUGCCGCUGUCCU